UUUAAAUCUCCCUCUCUCCCCCUCUUCAAGGGAAAUCUGCUCGAUCCCCACAACCUAGAAACCACAUUCGUUGUGUGUGUUAUUUCACCUUCACCUCCUAUUCUUCAACUCACUCGCCUCGUUGGCUACCUAGCCCGUUGUAUCUCUAUGUGCCUGUCUGCGCCAUCCACGCUUUUGUCGUCCGCUUUUCUCCGCUGCUCCGCCGCUGGCUGCCCUACCGAUUCCCCCGCUUUCCCCGAUUUCUCCCCCUCGACGGUGUCUACGGUGUCUCGAUAUCACUCCACUCUGGCUGGCACCCAGGCCGUGUCAUCCACUCGUUCGCCCGAUUCCACUGCUGGCGAGGUGAUUUGGCUAAGGGUCCAGGGUCCGUCCUGAACAAGGGCGGACGGUAAUUUGGUGCUAGUCUCGAGGGACCCCUGCGAAACCACUUCUUCACAAGAGUUGCGCGCGCGGUGCUCUCUAGAUCCUUGAUCUACAAUUAGUGUGUGUGGGUGAGUUUACAGUUUGAUCCCCUUGCGUUUCCUGCAAAACCCGGUUUGGAGUUUACGCCGCGUAUGCGUCUUUGUGUAUAUAUAUCUAUACCUGAUCGACCCUAACUGUUUUUGUUCAGAU